CAAAGGUCUUCAGAACGCGCCCUUAAGUGCCAUCAGCGCGUCCUUCGGAAUGCGCCUCAACCGGCGGUGAUUGGUCCGCGGCCGCGCCGCCAUUAUGUCCUUCCAUCGCGCCAACGUGACUAGUCGGACGCGAACACUCUCGAUGAAAGUACCGGUUUACCGACGCGUGUGCGCAGAUAUAAAGUGUUGUUUUCUUAAAGUUGAUUGUAAAAUACCUUUAUUAAAUUUGUCAAACUAACUAUCGUUUUACUCCAAAAUACCCGAAAACCCAUGAACAUUAAAAAUGGCGCCCAACUAGAGGCUUUGGAGUAAACUUUUACGUGAACUUUUUGUGAAACUUCGUGAAAAGUUAUUAUCGUAAAAAAAAAGUAUGACAAAAUCGCGCACACGUCGUCAGUCUCGUCGACAAUCUGAGUUUUUCGACCCGGCGGAAGACGGUUCUUCCCCGCCGCCGACUACAACGGGAAAUAUGUCUGUUAACGACAUGGCCGCCAUGAUGUCCACGUGGCAACGCAACCAAGAGGAAACGUUUGAGAGACUACUGCACACAGUUCUCAACCACUCGCAGCGGCCAUCGUCCCCGCCCGCUCAACCUGCACAUGGAAACUUCGCUUCGUGCAAGGCUCGCUAUAGCGGAGCGCCAGACGAAUCUCUCGACGGCUUUAUAGACGCCGUAGAAGCCUACAAAGAAUGUGCAAAUGUUAACGAAACUAAUGCACUACGUGGGUUGUCAAUGUUGUUAACUCAUGAAGCCGCGACAUGGUGGCAAGGGAUUAAAACCACCACGAACAAGUGGGACCACGCCCUCACAUCCCUCAGAGGUGCGUUUGGUGAUAGCCGACCUCCGCAUCGUAUAUACAAGGAGCUAUUCGCCAACCCACAACAAGCAAAUGAGAAAACGGAACUCUUUAUCGCAAAAACACGAGCGUUAUUAUCACGUCUACCAAAGGACGAUCUGACAACCAAAGUCCAGAUGGACAUGGUGUACGGACUACUACAUAGUAAAAUACGAGAGCGUUUGAGAAGAGAGGAGAUUGAUACAUUCGACACGCUACUCAGAAAGUCUAGAGAGAUAGAAGAAUCUUGCGACGAGAGUCUAUCAACCACUGGCCUUCAGAACAAGCUGCGACAACGCCAGUUCCCGCCAACUUCUCGUCACGCCGCAAGCGUCGCCGCCGCCCAGGGGUCAACGACCGCGCCACCACUAGCACCGCAGAGCGCGCCCAAGCCGCCUGCGCCCGCCGCUGAGUCCAGCGCCCACGGCACCUACCGCCGUUCUCCUCGCUGCUCCGUGAUGCCGCCCACACCGUCGUCUCUACAACCCCACGGCUCUUCUACUCCGUUCGCGAACGCCAAACGUCGAUAUUGCUUCUAUUGCAAGAGUUAUGGACAUACACGUGAUGAGUGUCGUAGGUUAGCAGCUAAAGGCAAACAGGACAUUGAUAACGCCGCCGACCCUAUCCCGUCAUGUUACGGAUGCAAUGAGCGAGGUGUCACUCGAUCACAGUGUGCUAAAUGUAAUUCGGACUUCUCUGCGUGUGAAUACGACCGUCCGAAAGGCGCGCUGAUGGGCACAUACGGUACAAGGUAUUCCACCACUGUUAUCAAAUCAUCUUGUGAUAAGGAUGAGUCCCAGGUGAGUUCCAUUUCAUCUUAUAACAGUGUGUCACAUAAAGGUUUCCCCUCAAGCAUGUUACCACCCCCCAAGUCCAACUUUGAUUCAGUGAACCAUAAACCGUCAUUGGUAAAUAAUAUUGCAUGGGAAUGCUCUGAAAAUUUUUUGCCUACUCAAUUUAAAUCAGCUUUACCUGAAUUGUUUCAUACUAAAAAUAAUCACACAGAGUUUUUACCUAAACAAUUUACAUCUGUGUUACCUGAGUUAUUUUAUGCUAACAUUGAUCACAUAGAGUUUUUGCCUAUUGAUUUUACUGCAUUCUUGCCAUAUCAAUACUUUCUUUGUGAUAAUGGGUGUGUCGUUAAUUUAAGUCGUGAUACUAAUAUGUUUGAGUGCAUGCCACAUGAUGCGCCUCCUCCGACUUCUAAGCUAACUAACAUGCUUGGUGAUUGUUCUAUAAGUAAGUGCAAUUUGACCACAACCAAAUCAAUCUCAUUUUCGACACCUACUGAUAAGAAUAGGGUGACUAUGAUUUUUUCCGGACAUCCGCGGAAUUCGAACAUAGAAAUUAGGGUGACCAUGAAAAAUGUUUUCUAUGAACAAUCCGGAAAUAUAAAUAAUUUGAAAAAUAAUUUUACUACGCCUACUAGGUUGACCAUGCAGGACGAUUUUAAUAAUAAUCAAAAAUUAUUUCCUAAAGUUGAGUCACAAUUUUUAUUAAAUAGAGCGACCACGUGUUCGAACAUUUCUCUGUCGACUCUUGAUUCAACUAAUUCAAACGCUCAUCCACAAGUGUCAGACACUUGUCAAUCCCAACGGAGACCAAUUCUUGGAGUGGAAAUUCUAGGUGUAAGGGGUACCGCACUAUUGGAUACAGGUGCUAAAGGGUGUAUUGCGGGUGCUUCCUUAUAUCAGGUGUUGCUUAGGCAUAAUCAUGCCUGCCAAGAAACCACUAAACGCGUUCGUCUCGCUGAUGGCUCCGUGCAGAUUCGUGAGUUAUUGGUUACUAACCUGCAUGUUAAACUAAAAAGUAAACUAUUGUGUUUGGAGUUCAUUAUUUUCCCAGACACCGAAUCCAAUGAUACUAUUCUUGGUAUGGAUUUUAUUGCUUCAGCGGGUAUGGUGCUUGAUUUCGCUGCUUCAAUUUGGUAUUUUUCUGGUGAUGAGGUUACUUACCCAUUGGAAUAUGAACUUUCCAGACCCUGCGUGUCCGUAUCCUCUGCAGAUUUCCUACGUGAGGAGGAAGGAGUUAUGCUGCAUCCCGAAGAGAGACUGCUGUUGUCCGACUUCCUAAAACAGAACGAAGACCUGUUCGAACCAGGGGGAGGACCAACUCCGUACGCAGAGCAUCACAUCGACACGGGCGAUAACACUCCUAUAGCCGUUCCACCAUAUAGGCUCACUCCAGCAAAAAAAGAGAUAAUGAAGGCAGAGUUGGAGAAAAUGUUAGCAGACGACGUGAUUGAAGAGUGUGAGUCUGCGUGGUCUGCGCCUGCUCUUCUUGUCCCGAAGAAGGACGGAUCUUUUAGAUUUUGCGUCGACUACCGUCGCCUCAAUGCGAUCACCAAGACCGAUAGUUAUCCAAUUCCCUUAAUCGAUGAUUUGGAUGACAUCCUGGUGAUCACACAGGGAAGUUUUCAGGACCAUCUUCAGGAUCUUGACAAGGUUUUUGACAGACUGCGUCACUUUGGGCUCCACGCGAACCGCGCCAAAUGUCACUUCGCUCGCCAGGAAGUUACAUACCUAGGCCAUGUGAUCACACCCAAAGGAAUCAAGCCGGAUAGCACCAAAGUCGACGCCGUCCUGAAAAUGAAGGAACCACACAAUCUCAAACAUUUGAAAUCAUUUUUACAGACCUGUUCCUGGUUUAGGAAAUUUAUUCCUGAUUUCUCGCGUAUUGCCGAACCACUGUCAAAACUUACACGCAAAAACGAAGCGUGGACCUGGGGUGAAGCACAGCAACGCGCCUUUGACGUGCUAAAGAGUAAGCUUACUAGCGCUCCUAUUUUGAUACAGGCCGACUACACCCAGCCCUUCUUGUUGCGCACUGAUGCCAGCAAUUAUGCUCUAGGGGCUGCACUUUUACAAGGUGACAAUAACAAUGAAAAACCAAUCGAAUACGCCAGCAGACUUCUGACUUCAGCCGAGAGGAAUUACUCUACCACCGAGCGGGAAGCCCUCGCAGUCGUAUGUGCAGUAGAAAAGUUUAGGGGUUACAUUGAUGGCCAUCUAUGCAUAGUCAAAAGUGACCACCAGCCACUUAAGUGGUUGCUUACACUCAAGUCCCCAAGUGGUCGUCUCAUCAGAUGGGCCCUGAAACUCCAGGCGUUUGAUCUCAAGAUAGAGUACUCUCCAGGUAAAGUUAAUACCUUAGCUGAUACUUUAAGUCGACCUACCUGUAAUGGUAUCAACGAAUGCGAAGUGUGUUCCGUAAUCGUCGACUUACCUCAAGCACUGCCGAGUCAGCUCCGAGCCGAGCAGCUUGAAGAUCCAGAAGUGGCUAAAAUUAUUCAAGAUUUAGAAAGCACAGACGAACUUACCUCUACUCGGUGGCUGGAACGUGGAUACGUACUGCAGCGGGGUGUGUUAUAUCGUUAUGAUCCAGAUAACGACUCCGAAGAAGCGCAGAUGGUAGUGCCAAUUUCAAAAAGGGAAGAAAUUUUAAAGUCGUUUCACGAUUCCCCAACUGCAGGCCACCAGGGUAUUGAGCGGACUCUGCAACGCAUCCGUGAACACUUCUUUUUCAUCGGGAUGCGUCGUUACGUCACAGAGUAUCUAAAAAACUGUGUGGACUGUCUCAAGUAUAAAGCCGCAAAUCAGAAACCAGCUGGUCUCCUCCAGACACCCGUGCUCCAACAAAGAUCUGAAGUCCUUGCAGUGGAUCUUUUCGGUCCCCUGCCUGAAGGAGAUCAAGGACAACGUUGGGUCCUUCUUGUUGAAGACGUAGCUACCAGGUGGGUGGAACUGUUCUCGCUUGUGGAGGCCACAGCGGAAAAUUGCGCCAAACUUCUCAUAGAAGAAUACUUUCUCAGAUAUGGAUUGCCACGUCGAGUUGUGUCCGAUAACGGCACUCAGUUCAUAUCCUCAGUAAUGCAGCUGUCGAUGUUUAUUUUAGGUGUUAAACAAGAGCUCAUUCCAGUUUACCACCCUGAAGCUAAUCCCGCCGAGCGCAAAAAUCGGGAUCUCAAAGUACAAUUGUCUUUGUUAGUAAAAAACGAACACCGUAACUGGCCUAAAUAUCUUGCCCAUGUUCGGUUCGCUAUGAACAGCGCCGUCUGUUCCACCACUGGGAAACCCCCAGCCUUUUUAACGUUCGCUCGCGAACUUCGCACACCUUUUGAGAUGCACCAUGAUUUACGUGCAAUCUUAGAUAAGGAAAACUUUGUUCCUUCGGCCACUCCAUAUUUGCGUUCCUUCGUACGUACCUUACAGGAUAUUCGAGAUCGUGUUGAGAAAAAGCAAGAUCAGCGUAAGGAGAUAGGUGAUACUGCACGGCGUUCUGUACCUACUUAUAAACAGAAUGAUUUGGUCUUGGUCAAAACCCACGUACUGAGCAAUGCCUCGAAAGGAAAAACUCGCAAAUUCAUGCCUAAACGAGAUGGCCCCUAUCGCGUUAAACGAGUUAUAACUCCCACUACUUUUAUACUCUCGAAUUUGACUGACGACGACACUGUCAUAGGUAAGUAUCACAGUUCGGACCUGACCCCCUUUAUUCAAACAUCUGAUAACGAGCAGACUACACCCGUUAUUCCAAAGAAAGGUAGAGGUAGGCCGCGUAUUAAACAGUCAGAUACCAAGUUGGACCCGGGACGUGUUACCAACUUGGAGGGGGAGCCUAUAACGCAAAGGUCUUCAGAACGCGCCCUUAAGUGCCAUCAGCGCGUCCUUCGGAAUGCGCCUCAACCGGCGGUGAUUGGUCCGCGGCCGCGCCGCCAUUAUGUCCUUCCAUCGCGCCUACGUGACUAGUCGGACGCGAACACUCUCGAUGAAAGUACCGGUUUACCGACGCGUGUGCGCAGAUAUAAAGUGUUGUUUUCUUAAAGUUGAUUGUAAAAUACCUUUAUUAAAUUUGUCAAACUAACUAUCGUUUUACUCCAAAAUACCCGAAAACCCAUGAACAU